AUCCCUAGGAGCAAAUUCGUAACAUGAACUGAAUAACGCAGGAAAGAUGGUAUACAUGAAAAUCGGAAAAUUCGAUCAUUAUUUAUACAAACAUUCUAUGUGGAAUAUUUGACGAUAUGCAGGCAUUUCUUUGAAACAGACAAACCCAUCUACUAUGGCAGCAGAGAAGACGGUAUUUUCUGAAGUUCCACAAAUUUUAACCAUCAUAAAAACUGGAUUUCGGUGGACGUACAAAGUGGAAUGUGGACUCAGCACGAGUCAUUUUUACGUAAGUGGGUCAAACAGCGUCAUUAAACACCUGAGUACAAACGGAGAGUUACUAGAAGAAAUAGUAACCAAGUCCAAAAAUGUGCCUCGUUGUUUCACAGUCAACAAAAAAGGACAAUUGAUUUACAGUGACAGUGUUGAUAGAAGUAUCAAUAUUGUUAAAGGACGUGAAAUUGAGCGUCUAGUAAGACUUGGAGGUUGGAAACCAAACUCGAUCUGCAGUACAACCGCGGAUGAAAUACUCGUGGCUUUGAAAGCUGAUGACGGGGAUGAGGCAAAAGUAGUUCGUUACGCAAACUCCAAAAUGACCCAAGAAAUACAGUACAAUAGCGAUGGACAACCUUUAUAUUUGGACCCGCACUAUAUUGACGAGAACAAAAAUUCGGAUAUAGUGGUCAGUGAUUUUGAUAAGAAGGAAAUUAUCGUGGUGGAUAAAGUAGGAAAAUACAAAUUCAGUUACCAUGGAAACCAUCUGACCAAAACGCACGAAGAAUUUUCUCCGCGUGGUAUAACUACAGACAGCAUGUGUCAAAUUUUGAUAGCUGAUUUUGAUAAUAAUUUGAUACACAUUAUUGACCAUGAUGGUAAAUUUUUACGGUAUAUAGAAAACUGUAACCUGCAUUUACCGUUGGAUCUUAGCACUAACAGUGACGAUGUGUUGUUUGUUGUUGAAUAUUACAGCAACAAAGUGAAGGAAGUGAAGUAUUUGAAAUAAAAAAUUAGAUAGCCAGGAUAGAUUUAUCCUAAAUAA